AGUUAUUCUAGACGUUUCUGCACAGUUUUAUGUCUAAUAUACAUAUUUAUGAUUAAGGUUAACAGAGAUUAAUAAAGAUUUGAAAGAAAGCUGAGAAAGGCUCUUUCAUGUCGUCAUGAGUAACGUUAAAAUGGGCGGGAACUUGAGUUAACGUUUCAGCCGGUGUGGGGUAGGGAGCACUCCUGCCCCCCUGCGGGUAAAGAAAGCACCGCAUGACAGCAUGACAGAGACGCGGGUUGCUGAUUAACCUCGUCUUCUCAGUCUCCCGGGACACGAGAGACGGACGACAGUGUUCUCAUCGCGCCAUGCUGCCGCUCCGCCGCCACUCUUUACCAUGAGCGAGAGCAACAACUGCGCACGCGGACGGGCUUCAGCCGCAGAGGACCAUGGCGUGUCGGUUGAGUUCCACAAACUUGUCAGCCAUGACAAACAAAGUCACUGCCACCAAGAUAACGACAGUGACGAACGGACAGCAGAGCAAGUUCACUUGCGCUGCUUCGGUGAUGAUGAUGAGGAUGAUGCUGUGCGGAGGGAGAAAGAAGAAGCACAAAAGAGCAGAAAUUCACAGGAAAUCAGCGAGAAGAAAACGCUCUGUGUCUGUCCGCCGGCUUUUUACGUCACAAACAAGCCGGCAACUCCUGGAGAUGAAGACAAACCGAAGAGGUGUCCAGGUCUGGGUUUGUUCUAUGCCUUCCUGUCCACCGUUUUCUUCUCCAUCAUUGCACUCUUGGUGAAAACCAUUCAGGACCUUCACUCUAUAGAGAUCAGCGCCAUUCGCUGUUUCUUCCAGAUGCUUUUUGUUAUCCCGUUACUCAUCUACAACAAGACAGGUUUCCUUGGCCCCAGAGAUAAACGUAUUUAUCUGGUUCUUCGAGGUUUCCUUGGUUCCAACGCAAUGAUAAUGCUCUAUUAUGCAGUUCAGCAGAUGCCGCUGGCAGACGCCACAGUCAUCAUGUUUAGCAAUCCAGUGUUUACCUCCCUGCUGGCGUGGAUCUUCCUCAAAGAAAAAUGCACAAUCUUGGACUGUGUUUUCACAGUUUUUACUCUCACCGGAGUCAUCCUCAUCGCCCGCCCUCCGUUUCUUUUUGGCGAGCACCUUGGUGGCAUUGAGGGCAACUACAGCAACCACAUCAAGGGGACUGUCGCUGCCUUUGCAGGAGCGAUUGGAGCUGCCUUUACCAUCAUCAUCCUCCGUAAGAUGGGGAAGAGCGUCCACUACUACCUCUCUGUGUGGUACUAUGCAGUUAUUGGUUUCAUAGAGGCCGUCAUCACCGUCUUCAUCCUCGGGGAGUGGAAGAUCCCCGCCUGUGGCCGCGAUCGCUGGCUGCUGGUUCUGAUCGCCGUUCUGGGCAUCGCCGGUCAGAGCUUCCUCACCAAGGCGCUGCAGACGGAGAAGGCGGGGCCCGUGUCUCUGAUGAGGACCGUGGACGUGGUGCUGGCCUUCUUCUUCCAGUUCAUCUUCUUCGGCCGCGCCCCCACCUGGUGGAGCCUCGGGGGAUCUCUGUGUAUUGUGGCGAGCACCAGUGGGGUCGCGCUCAGGAAGUGGUACAGCAACUCUCGCAGGAAGUGAGUCGGGCACAAAGCAGGCAUUUCGUUACUGCCAUGAAAUCCUCAUUUAGUCCAUAGUUUUAUUUCCAGUUGUAUGCAAAUGGGUGUUCAGGUCAAAGUGUUACCAAGCUGGAUCCCAAAAAUAUUUCCUUUGGAGCUUUUAUUUUGUUAAAACUGCACUUUUCCUUCGUGUUGGUUGUGAGGAGUCGCACCUUUUUAUUGAUAUUGAAAACACCUCUGAUACUGUAGGUAAUAAUAUAUGAGAAAUAAUAUCAUUUUUUUUGUGGCUGUGAGGCUUGUUCAUACCGCACUAAUAAAACAUAUGCAGCAUUUAAAUGCUGAUUUAAAUGUAUUUAAGGACAUUUAAUGUCCAUUUCAUUAUAAUCUUUCCCUUUAUCGCUGAUUCUGAAUCAUUUAUCCCGUAUUGCAUGAAUUCUACAGGAUAGUAGCUAUUACAUGAGUAAUAAUCUUUUCAUUUUGACCUAUAGUUUAAUUGUUAUUAAACUUUGUUAUAAUGGGUCAGUCAUAUAAAAGAAUAAAACAAAGAAGCAAACUAUGCAUUUGCAGCUAGAUUCAUCUCAAAGUAACAAGUUAUACCAAUUUUUAUUCUCUCGUCUGAAUUAAAAAAUCAAUUACUCUCAGGGAUUUUUUAACUUUGGUUUAUUUAAUAAAAAACUCAGAGCUCACACUAAUUUCUUCCCUGUGGAGCACACACUUUGUGUGACUAAAACCCUUUUUUUCACACAAAAGUCCAAGAAGAAAUGUUAUUAAAGGAGUAAAGUUUAUUUUAUUUUUAAUCUUUAUUUCAUGUCUUCCAUUUGGAGAAUUGAGACUUGGGUUCCAGCUCAUUCUUGGCACUUUUGGUUAAAACCUUCACUUAGAAUUUGAACCUAGUUAAUAAAAUGGCAUCUUUGCACUUUUAUUUGAUUUUUAUUCCCCCAUAAAUAUUUACUAUUGGUGUAAAAGAAAAAAAGGUUAAUGCUAAAUUCAAGACAAUAUAUUUUUGCUAGUUUGAUGAAAACUGUCAUAAAAAAACAACAUUAAGUUUAUUCUUCUUUGCCACUUAUUGCACUGAUAUGUUGAGUUUGUCUUUUUCCUUUGCAUUCAUCACAUUAUGAUCAGACUUCCCCCUUCACUGUUUUCAACUUUAACUGCUCCAAAUUAAAAACUUUAUUUUGAAAUGUAAGACUAUAUUUAGCAGAAACCGAAAUGUUUGUAUCUUAAAGGAAAUGCAAUAAAAAAAACGAGCAGUAAAAACCCUCUAUGCUGUAUUUCUGCUGUUUAUUUCUAUUUUUGUAAAACAUUUUACCCUUCAAAAUGAAGAUUACUGUUUUGAAAAAACAAUGAAAUGAGUUUGGUUUGCCAGCCUCUUGUGCCUUUAAGAAAAUUAUUUUAUUUUAUCAUCUGCGAAUAGAUGUUAGAAAAUGUGUUGCAACAAUUGUGUGUCCAGUAUUAUGCCUUUGUUUGUGAUGAUUUUCUUUUUUUUUUUUUUUAGUUUUUGGUAAGACUGCUGUGUUUUCUUGUGUUUCUGUGCAAAUCUUCUCAUAAAGUACUUUUACUGCAGUUAACAGAAAACCACAAGUGUCUGAAAUUGGGUUUGUCUUACUUCAUCUUCCCUUAAAUUGCUUUGUGAAAAUUCAAAUUGGAAUUUGUUGCCCGAUGUUCUAUCAUAUAAAUCUUUGUUCAAAAGCAUGUAUAAAAUUUUGCCUUUAAUCUAUGCAAUAAUUUCAAAAUUAAAGUCACUUUCUACAUCAAUGAA